AUGGAGGAAGAAGAAGAAGAAGGAGGCGUUGCGGCGUUUAUGUCCCCGCCUCCGCCUCGAUUUUCUUUCGACGAGAGUUACAAUGCGGCUGGGGGUAGUAUGAUGGAAGAAGAGGCGACGCCGCCGGUAAAGAUGAAUAUGCGUGGCUUCGAAGAGCAAGAGGACGCUGACAUUGAUAGAAAGAAGAUGUCGUCGUUGGAUGAAAGUUUCGAUCCAGAAGAGUACGUGAAUCGAUUCGUGACUCCGGAGAAGAAAAUGGCUCCACCGACGAAGCAGAAGAAAGCCACGAUUGACGUGCCGAUGGACGAGUUAGAAGCGAUUUUCCGCCCGACGAAGAAGAAGGAUGGGUACGACGACGCCGACGACGUGCCGUACUCUUUUUCCAAGUUUUUGGAGAGGGAGAAGAAUAAAAAUGAAGAACAACGGCUCUCGAGUUUUGAGAGGGGAAUUUUAGAAUCCAAACGGAGGAAGGAACAAAUGGGAGGAGAGGCUUCGAUUUCAGAUAUGCUCGGCAGAGGUUCAACGCUGACACCGUUUGGUGGUAUUAGUACGGGUAACGGAAUGUCCAAGCUCGAGCAAGACGAAAUCACCUCGUUGCAAAACAUGAUUGACGAUUUGACGACUGAAAAAUUAAGUCUCAAGCGCGGGAUGGAUAAAAACCAAAAGAUCAUCGAAAGUUUGAUGGAAGAAAACGAAUCGUUAACGAGCGCGUUCAACAAUGCGAAGAAUAGAAGUACGGCGUUGGAAAACGAAUUGAACAAGCUUUCGAGCGAGAUGAUGUUACACUCGAGCGUUCAACAGAGCAUCUCAAACGACAGAGACGCUUCAAGGCGAGGGUAUAUCGAAACUCGAGAACGCGCGAACGAGUUAGCGAGAGAAGUAGUCGAAUUGGAGGAAGUUGUUUUAGAAUACAAGUCAAAGUUAUUCUUGUACGAGAACACGCAAACGGAUGCGUUGGAGCGAUCGAAAGAGUUAGAGCGAGCUUUGUAUGUAGCAAACGAGGAUCGGGUAUACUAUCAAAAUCUCGCGGAAGCUAUGAACGAGGAGAGAAGGGAAAUGCAAAGACGCGUUGGACAAUCGAACGCGAUCCAAGCGCUGAUUGAAAGUGGAGACGUUCCCAUCGUUGAAAUGUUACAGAGCUGGUUGAAGCAGGUGCAAGCUAAACCCGUAUCUCAGGAGCAAAACGUGUCUUCGUCUUUACGCUCGGCAGAAGCAGAACAACAAAACGAGUUUCUCGAAAUGUCCACGUCCGAAGCAGAUUUUGUGUGCGAGACGAGAACGAGCGAAGCAGUCGCGACAACAAAAGAACUUAUAGAUGCUUUAACUCGAAUGGCGAGUGGCGAUACGGGUGGUAGUAGCAAUAAUAAUCCCGAUGAGAGCGCCGCUACUUCAGACGGAGAGGACGACGACGACGAAGAUGAGAAUGGAGAAGAGGACGGAGUUGUUAUCGACGAGGCGCAAAUUCGGCUCAUCACUUCGAUUCACGAGUUACUCGCGGAAAUGGAAAAAGAAACUGCAAUCUUUCGUGUGAAGUUGAAAGAUGCCGAGCGACGAGAGAUGGGUUUACGGGCUGCAAAUGCAGCGUUAGAAUCUCGCCUCGCAAGAUCUGCGCCGCAAGCAAAGACGAUGAAUACGAACACAAAGGAAUCCGAAGGGAGAGAUGACGUCAUAGCUGCGAUGCGAAGGAUAAACGCAGGGUCUGCAGAGCCUACUCCUAGAACGCGAGAGAAUGAUAGUAGUGGUGGGUUUAGAUUUAGAACCGGGUUAGUACCGGAUGACGAUUAG